GCACCUCGUUCCCGGCGCGCCUCUCAAUCCUUUUACUAUUGGAGGGCAGCGUCUCACCUCCAAUCCCGCAUCCUCUGUUCUUAUGAGGAGUCGCGUUUUCCCUCACCAUCAAGGCGACCCACACAUGGCUCUGAAUUCAGUGUGCAGUAAACACCACGUUUACUAUUUUCAAUUUAUUGAACAGUAAGAAAGAAACGCAGAGAAUGACUGAAGAUGCUGGCUCCUGUCUGGCAGAAGGGGGUGGACCCUCAGGGCUGGCUGAAGAGAAAGAGCCUAUCCCGGGGGGCCCCGGUGUGGAGGAUCAAAGUGGCUGUGCUAAAGAGCCCCCUCCGGAUCAUGAAGGGGGGGACCCCAGCGUUUACCGCUACGUCCGAGAUGACCUCUUCACCUCGGAGAUCUUCAAGGUGGAGAUCCAGAACCUGCCCAAGUUCGUGGGGUUCAACGACCUGAAGAAGUUCCUUGAGAAGCACGGGGUGAACCCCCACAAGAUCAAGCUGUUUGGGAGGCAGCCCUUCGCCUUCGUCACCUUCCGCAGCGAGGAGGAGCGGGACAAGGCCAUGAAGUCUGUCCACGGCAUGCUGUGGAAGGGGCGGGCGCUCAGUGUGCGGCUGGCCAAGCCCAAGGCGGACCCCCUCCUCAGGAAGAGGAAGCAGCAGGAGGAGGGGGCCAACAGGGGGCAGCCCCAUGCCAAGCGCUGUGCCCCAGCGGACAGCCCUGCGGAGGAGCCCCUCAGCAAGCAGAUUGCAGAUGUGGUGACCCCGCUGUGGAACGUGGCUUACGAAGAGCAGCUGAAGAUGAAAGAGCAGGAAGUUGAGGGAGUGCUCCAGAGACUUACAAAGGAAAUCGGCAACAAUAACAAAGCCAUGCUGCCCUGGCUGUUCGUUCAGAAGCAGAAGUACAAUAAUAUGUGCUGCCCACUGGAGGCUAUCCGCCCCUCCCCUGCACAGACUGAAUACCGUAACAAGUGCGAAUUCCUCAUCGGAAUGGGAGCCAACGGGGAAGACAAAACGGUCGGCUGCCGGCUCGGCAAAUACAAAGGAGGGACGUGUGCCGUGGUGGAGCCUUUCAACACCAUUCACAUUCCUGAUGCCACCAAGAGAGUGGUGAAGGCGUUCCAGGACUACAUCAGGACCACUGGAUUCUCAGUGUACAGCCCGGAGACGUACGAGGGCCACUGGAAGCAGCUGACUGUGCGCACAACCAGGACCAAUGAGAUCAUGGCCGUGGUGUACUUCAACCCACAGAAGCUGAGCGAUGCAGAGUUGGAGGAGCUGAAACGCUCUCUUGGAAAGUAUUUCAUGGAGGGAAGUGGAAAGGGCAGCGGGGUGACUUCUCUCUAUUUUGUAAAAGAAGGCCAAAGGAAAUCUCCCACCCUGGAGGACCUGCCCCUUGACCACGUGGCUGGGGAUCUGUGGAUCCACGAAGAGCUGCUAGGACUGAGGUUCAGGAUUUCACCUCAUGCCUUCUUCCAGGUGAAUACGCUGGCUGCAGAGGUGCUGUACUCUGCAGUGGGAGACUGGGCCCAGCUGGAUCCGGACAGCACGCUGCUCGAUGUGUGCUGUGGCACGGGGACUAUCGGGAUCUCCCUGGCAAAGAAGGUAAAGAAAGUGAUCGGGAUCGAGCUGUGUCAGGAAGCUGUGGAAGAUGCCAAAGUCAACGCUCAGAUUAACGGUUUGAGCAACGUGGAGUUCCGCUGUGGAAAGGCAGAAGACAUAUUUCCCACUUUAAUUAACUCCGUUGUGUCGCAAAGUCUGGUUGCUAUUGUGGACCCACCCAGAGCGGGGCUGCAUCCCAAAGUUAUCCUGGCAAUCAGAAGAGCAGAGCACUUAAAGAGGCUAGUCUACGUGGCCUGCAACGCCAAAGCAGCCAUGAACAAUUUUAUAGAUCUUUGCAGAUCCCCCUCGAACCGAGUGAAGGGGUCUCCCUUUCGACCAAUCAGAGCCAUGGCAGUGGACCUGUUUCCCCAGACCAUGCACUGUGAGCUGCUCCUCCUGUUCGAGAGAGUGGAGUAUAAUUCCAACGGAGCUGCUGCUGCCACUGCAGAGCCCAGCUUACACAGAGACCCCGCCAAUGAGUCGACUGGAUCACAGCUUCCUGCCAGUCAGACAGAGACUGGAUCACAGCUCCUUGCCAGUCAGACUGAGGAAACCGGAUCACAGCUCCCCGCAAAGGAACCCUAGCACACAGGACUGUCUUAUUUCCCAUCCCUAUUGCUGUUCAGGAUGUACCAUCCUGUGUAAACAUGUGGAAGAGAUAUGAAAAUACAAUGCAGUGCCCCCUCUAUCUGACUCGGACAUAAAGAACUGUACUGUGUGCCCUUCUCCAGUAAUAUAGAAUACCUUUGUACAUGGGCCAGCAUUGAAUUGAGAAGUAUUGAGAGAGCACUCUGGGGGCUGCAUUUCCAUGUACAGCAGCAUGGCCUCUAGUGUUGUUUCACUGGAAGAUGCUGCCUGGUCUGUUCCAACAGAGAUGUUUAUUUCUUCUAAAGGGAAAAGGUGGGACUGACUUGAACAUUGUUUUAUGUAGAGUUAUCCAAAAACAAGUGUAAUGUUAAAGGCAUUGUGCUCACAGGUCUGUUCAGUUUGAAAAGUAACACUUUUUUUUUUUUAACAGAUUUGAAAUAAAACCUGUCAAUUUGA